CACGCGUGCUCGUCCAUGGCGGAGCCGCGGGUUCGGUUCGGUUCGCCGCCGGUAUUUAACCCCCGCACGCGCUCGUCCGCGCGCUCCGUCAGUCAUGCCUCCGCUGGAGAAGAUCCCUCCGCAGAGCAAACCCUUCAAGCAGAGGAAGAGCUUUGCCACGCGGAAGCAGGAGGUGGCGGGAAUCAAGUCCAAGUUUCCGAACAAGAUCCCGGUAAGUGGACCAGGCGGCUGUCACGCGCACCGGUGUCUGCUCGCCCCCGAUCACCCCUCCCCCCCUCCCCCCAGGUCAUCAUCGAGCGCUACGACAAGGAGAAGUUCCUGCCCCCCCUCGAUAAGACCAAGUUUCUGGUGCCGCACGAGCUCACCAUGACGCAGUUCGUUACCAUCAUCAGGAACCGGAUGGCGCUGUUGCCCAGCCAGGCCUUCUACCUGCUCAUCAACAGCAGCGGGCUGCCCAGCAUGUCCCUCACCAUGGCCCAGGUCUACAGGGACCACCAGGACGAGGACGGCUUCCUCUACAUGACCUACGCCUCGCAGGAGAUGUUCGGACUCUGACUCCGCCUCUUUUAGCUCCGCCGUGGAGCUGCUGUAAAUACAAAAUAUUUUUAUACACUGUUUGUGGAUUUUUAAAGAAUAAAUGUGAGCAGUGAAGCGUUCGGGUCAUCUGAAGAUCUCAGACGGUUGGAGUGGAUGAAGCAGACGUUCUCCAGAAUGUUGAUCUGAAUGUUUCUGAAGAAAAAAUCUUUUAGCUUCGUUUCCUGCAUGAAGGAAGUUUGCUCCGAGUCUCUGAAUCUGUUCCUGCUUGGUGUCCUUUCAAAAUAAAACGAGUUGAGUAAUA